GUUUUAGAUCAUAUGAUGAAACUAACACUGUAAAAUUGUGAAAAGAUUUGAUCAGUGUUAUUUCCUGAUAGCUGCUGGUUGAAAAUACAGUCUACAUAGGACUUUCCAUGGCAACGUCAACAUGGUUAAUAGACCAAUAAGAAAGAGAGUUCCAAACCUCUCUUGGCCAAUAACAGCUAGUUUUCAGUUAUCCCCUCCCCACUCAGACCACUCCCAGACAGUCCCAGCUAAGAUCUUGCUUGAGAAGUCUGUUUUUUUUGUCUCUACUUUUACCUAUUUUAAUAGAAAUCAAUUACAGUAAUGUACUUAACUGUUACCCAGAAAUGAUUUGAUAUUUAUAUACAAAAUGGCUGCAUUGAGCCUUGAAUUGUUUUUAUUUUAUUUGAUUGUUUAUCCUUUUAAUAUAUAAAGUAGAUCACCUUCUUUGGCUCCCACCAGACAUGACCUGUCCACGUCACCACACUUAUCACUACCUGCAACCUACUACUGUACACAACACACACACACAACCAGACUUUACCCUCCCAUAUCAUAUCUUUCUCCACAGGAGCAGCAUCUUGAUACACUGUACUGUUGUCAAAGGUCUGCUAUCUGACGUUCUGUCACCAAGGAAGCACCGAGCUGCUUGUAGAUUCUAGGAAUAAAAAAGGAAUACAAAUCAUGUGUUAAAUAAUAGAUAUAUGGGAAUAGAAAGUACAUACAGAAUUAAAAAAACAUUUUCAGAAUGCCUGAAACCAAAUGCAGUGAAGGACUAUGUCUUAAACAUAGAAAUACACUGAGUUUACCAAACAUUAGAAACACCUUCCUGAUACCGAGUUGCCCUCAGAACAGUCCCAAUUUGUCGUGUCGAAAGCGUUCCAUAGGGAUGCUGGUCCAUGUUGACUCCAAUGUGUCCCACAGUUGUGUCAAGGUGGCUGGAUGUCCUUUGGGUGGUGGACCAUUCUUGAUACACACAGGAAACUGUUGAGUGUAAAAAACCCAGCAACGUUGCAGUUCUUGAAACAAACCGGGUGCGUCUAGCACCUACUACCAUACCCUGUUCAAAGGCACAUAAAUAUGUUGUCUUGCCCAUUCACCCUCUGAAUGGCACACAUACACAAUCCAUGUCUCAAUUGUCUCAAGGCUUAAAAAUCCUUCUUUAACCCAUCUCCUCCCCUUCAUCUACACUGAUUAAAGUGGAUUUAACAAGUGGCAUCAAUAAGGGAUCAUAGCUUUCUCCUGGAUUCACCUGGUCAGUCUAUGUCAUGGAAAGAGCAGGUGUUCCUAAUGUUUUGUCCACUCUGUGUAUAAUCUAGUCAUUCUACCUCUAUGUUCUCAAAGACGUUGUGAUCAGCUGCUCAGCUGAUCUGAGAUCACCUUAUAACAAAUGUGAUUUUAGCACUGAUGAAUCUAAACAUCUUAAUUAGUUCCCUCUGAUGACGUUUAAGCGAUGGGAUUACUGGUUAGAUGAAUUAAAUAUUUUCUAGGAGAUGGAGUGAGCACUUGGUAAGAGGGGUUACCAGCAGAGGAGAAGAUAGGAUGUAACAGAGACAAGAGCUAUGGUGAGCACGAACGUUCUCUCUCAACGGGAGAUAACACGAUUAGCAAAAAAAGGUGAUUAUGCACAUCCCAAACUUGCUGAGCAAAAAUAUACCGUAGAUAAAGAACAGAAAGACCUGGAAAAACCAUGGUAUCUAGGCUAUGCAGUCAUACAGGACAGCCCACUAUACCAGCCCACUACAGUCGGUCCAGGCAGGCCGUUCCUUAUCAACAGACCUUUGAACCUGGUGUCGAUACUCCGUGCCUCGCUGUCUCCCUGGCCUAGUCAGCAGCCAAAGUCCUCUCUGUCUCUUACACAGCCUCAGUCAGUACUCUUGAGUCUUAUUGAUCCUCAGUGCCUCUCGUUCUCACACCUUGUCAACAACAGGCACCCUGAUCCUCUCCUGUCCAGCUGUCCCAGAAUCCUCUCCUGUCCAGCUGUCCCAGAAUCCUCUCCUGUCCAGCUGUCCCAGACCUCCAGCGGAGUGUGAACGUCUUUCUCUGCCUACCAACCCCCCCCCCCCCCCCCCCUUCUGCUUCUGACUCCGUCUGCCUGGCCUGGAACCAAAUGUGGAUGUUUUCCUCUUAGACCUACCCGUCUAGAUUGUGCUGUGACUUUCUCUCUGUCUAUCCCGCCACCAUGCUGCCUCGCAUCUCAGCCUAUCUCCUGCUUUCUCUCUGCCUCUCCUGGGGGAUGUCUGCUUCUCUGGUCAGGAACAUCACUCCUGAAGAGGAAGUCCCAGAAGCAGAAACCUUGUUCAAGGAUGACACCGUUGCUGCUGCUGUAGAUAUCCGGGUGGAGGCUGAUACCGGGGUGGCAGAUAGCCUGGUUGUUGAUGACACUCCUGCUGCUGUAGAUAUCCGGGUGGAGGCUGAUACCGGGGUGGCAGAUAGCCUGGUUGUUGAUGAUACUCCUGCUGCUGUAGAUAUCCGGGUGGAGGCUGAUACCGGGGUGGCAGAUAGCCUGGUUGUUGAUGAUAUACCUGCUGCUGUAGAUAUCCGGGUGGAGGCUGAUACCGGGGUGACAGAUAGCCUGGUUGUUGAUGAUAUACCUGCUGCUGUAGAUAUCCGGGUGGAGGCUGAUACCGGGGUGACAGAUAGCCUGGUUGUUGAUGAUACUCUUGCUGCUGUAGAUAUCUGGGUGGAGGCUGAUACCGUGGUGGCAGAUAGCCUGGUUGUUGAUGAUAUACCUGCUGCUGUAGAUAUCCGGGUGGAGGCUGAUACCGGGGUGACAGAUAGCCUGGUUGUUGAUGAUACUCUUGCUGCUGUAGAUAUCCGGGUGGAGGCUGAUACCGUGGUGGCAGAUAGCCUGGUUGUUGAUGAUAUACCUGCUGCUGUAGAUAUCCGGGUGGAGGCUGAUACCGGGGUGACAGAUAGCCUGGUUGUUGAUGAUAUACCUGCUGCUGUAGAUAUCCGGGUGGAGGCUGAUACCGGGGUGACAGAUAGCCUGGUUGUUGAUGAUACUCUUGCUGCUGUAGAUAUCCGGGUGGAGGCUGAUACCGUGGUGGCAGAUAGCCUGGUUGUUGAUGAUAUACCUGCUGCUGUAGAUAUCCGGGUGGAGGCUGAUACCGGGGUGACAGAUAGCCUGGUUGUUGAUGAUACUCUUGCUGCUGUAGAUAUCCGGGUGGAGGCUGAUACCGUGGUGGCAGAUAGCCUGGUUGUUGAUGAUACUCCUGCAGUGGAGGAACCUGUAGAAGACACCCCAGUGGCCGAAGACCUGGUGGCCAACAAGCCUGUUGCAGAUACCGUUGUAGCUGGGGCAUUUGUAGCCAAGGAACCAGUUGUGGACUCCCCUGUUGCUGAUGCUCCACUAGUAGACGCCCCUGUCAUGGCAGACGAAGUCCCAGAUACAGAGGCCCUCAUGGCGGACAUGCCAGUGGUGGAAGACCCUGCUUACAUGGAUCUGGAGACCCUUGUUAAAGAGUCCCGGAUAACAGAAGCCAUGGUUAAAGAGUUGUCUGCCCAGGAGGAGGAAGACCUCAUUAAAGAGACUGAGAUUCAGGACGCCAUCUUGAAAGAUUUGGCUGACCAGGAGGCCCUUGAAAAAACGACGGAGCCCAUUGAAGAGGCAGCAGAGGCAGAAGCAGAAGCUCCAGCGGAGGAUCCAGCCAGCCCUGUGGUACCUGUCGUCGAAGCCCAGGAAGAGGACUCUGACUGGGGCUUGGUUUCCAUCAGAGAGAGUCUUCAGACAACCAAUGGAUACUUUGGCUGCCUGGUAGAAUUGAUGGGGGGACGCAACGGAUUGUGUCAGUACAAAUGCAAAUACGGUAAGACACCUGUGCAUCGCGUUGGUUAUGUGACCCCAGAGCCCAAUGGUUGCAGCUCCGACCUCCUAGGAUUCCAGGUACCAGAUAGUUUUGACAUGGGCAUCCCAGCCAUGACUCAGUGCUGUAACCAGCUGGACAGUUGCUAUGACACCUGUGGCUCCGACAAAAACCGCUGUGAUUCCAAGUACCGCUCGUGUCUCCACGCUAUUUGCUCUGACCUGAAGAAGAGCCUGGGGCUUGUGUCAAAGGUCAAAGCCUGUGAGUCUGUAGCAGAUGCCCUGUACAACACAGUGUGGACGCUGGGAUGCAGAUCCUUCAUGAACAGCCAGAGGGAAGCAUGUCACUGUGAGGGAGAAGAGAGGGACGAGCUGUAGAGGACCAGGCUGGGACACUACACUACACAGCACUAGACCAACCUGGGACACUACCCAACACAACACAAGACCAACCUGGGAAGAGAGGGACUAGCUGUAGAGGACAUGCAUGUACAUAGGACAAUAUCCUCUUGCAAGAAUCAUCAAUAGAGCAGGUGUAAGAAGCCAUCAGUCACUUGUAUCAAAAGGAAGGAUAAAGAAAGGACAAGCACUCACUUGAUUCAGUUGAACUUCAAGUCAACAUGGAUUCACACUAUAUAGCCACUCCUAUUUGUCAUAUCUUUCAUCUGAGUCUGGAGAAAAAUAAUUGUCCUCAGAACUGGAGGGAAGCCAAAGUAAUUCCGCCACCCAAGAAUGGUAAAGCACAAUUUACUGGUUCUAACAGCUGACCAAUCAGCUUGCUGCCGACUCUUAGCAAACAAUUUUUUAUUUUUUAAAAUGGUGAUUGACCAAAUACAAUGCUAUUUCUCUGUAAACAAAUUAACAACAGACUUUCAGCAUGCUUAUAGAGAAGGGCACUCAACAUGUACAGUACUGCAUUGACACAAAUGACUGAUGAUUGAUUGAAAAAAAAAAAAAAUGUAUAACAAGAACAUUGUGUGGAGCUGUAUUGUUAGAUUUCGGUGCAGCCUUUGAUAUUAUUGACCAUGUCUUAUUAUUGAAAAAACGUAUGUCCUAUGGCUUUUCAACCUCUGCCAUAUCAUGGAUUCAGAGCAAUCUAUCUAAUAGAACACAGAGGGUUUUCUUUAAUGGAAGCGUCUCUAAUGUCAAACAUGUAAAGUGUGGUGUACCGCAGGGCAGCUCUCUAGGCCCACUACUCUUUUCAAUUUUUUUUUUUUACUAAUCAAUCAAAUGUAUUUAUAAAGCCCUUUUUACAUCAACGGAUGUCACAAAGUGUUAUACAGAAACCAAGACUAAAUGACCUGCCACGAGUUUUAAGUUCAGCAUGUGUGUCUAUGUAUGCUGAUGAUUCAACAUUAUGUCAGCAACCACGGCUAAUGAAAUUACUGCAACACUUAACAAAGAGUUGCAGUCAGUUUUAGAAUGGGUGGCCAGUAAUACAUUAGUCCUGAGCAUCUCUACAACUAAAAGCAUUGUAUUUGGUACAAGUAAUUCCCUACGUUCAGGACCUCAGCUGAGUCUGAUAAUGAAUAAUUUGGCUGUUGAGCAAGUUGAGGAGACUAAAUUACUUGGCAUUACCUUGGAUUGUAAACUGUCAUGGUCAAAACAUAUUCAGAUGGGGAGAGGUCUGUCCUUGAUUUAGGCCUAGAUUCAAUCAGAUCAAGCGUUAACCAACGAUAGCAGACACAUGCAUAGCGGGUGUUUUGGCUGUGUCUGAGGUGGAACUGCGUUGGAACCGUCAAAUCGGUGAGCAGCUGCACAUGUGAUCAUUGUCAUGAAGCAACACCCGCCCCACUAGAAGACACACCCAUCCCACUAGAAGCCACACCCUCCCCACUAGAAGCCACACCCCCCCCACUAGAAGCCACACCCACCCCACUCGAAGCCACACCCACCCCACUAGAAACCACACCCUCCCCACUCGAAGCCACACCCUCCCCACUCGAAGCCACACCCUCCCCACUCGAAGACACACCCUCCCCACUAGAAGCCACACCCUCCCCACUAGAAGCCACACCCUCCCCACUAGAAGCCACACCCUCCCCACUCAAAGCCACACCCUCCCCACUCGCGUUAGAAGUUCAGAACGUAUAGGCUACAUAGAAAUAAUUACGCAUUAAACAAAAUAAUGAAGAUUUCAAUUAUCAAGGUGGAGAUUACAUAUCACAUUGCAGUGUUCCAACUUGUAAACAAAUCUGCAUGGGAUUUUCUGUUCAUGCAGCCAGUGGCAAUGUUCGCUUUAGGUAUAAUGCCGGGAGCCACUUGUGGAUUUAACAGCUCAGUUCCACCUCGGACACCAUCAAAAUAACCGCUAUGAGGAUGUUGAAACUACCAAAGUGUUUGCAUAGUCAACUUACACACAACUCUGACACACACACUUACCCCACCGGACAUGCCACCAGGGGUCUUUUCACAGUCCCCAAAUCCAGAAUGAAUUCAAGAAAACGUACAGUAUGAUAUAGAGCCAUGAUUGAAUGGAAAUCCCUUUCAUCUCAGAUUGCUCAAGUGAACAGUAAACCUGGCUUUAAGAAACACAACGCCUCUCCCCUAUUUGACCUAAAUAUGUUGUGUGUACUGAUAGAUCCUACUGAAUUCAUAUGUUAUAUAUGAAAAUGUAAAUGAUAAAUGUGGGACUAGAAUAAUUGGUAUCUCCGUGUUUUUUCCCUCAGUAUUGAGUCAGUACAGAACAUUUUAGUAAUAUUUUUCUGGGUUUAAAAGCAUGUAGAUCUAUUCUUGAGCUGUUCUUGUCUAUUAAUGUUCUGUAUCGUGUUUCAUGUUUUGUGUGGACACCAGGAAGAGUAGCUGCUGCUUUUGUAACAGCCAAUGGGGAUCCUAAUAAAAUACCAACAGCUAA